AUGGCUGGGAAUAAACUCCUCGUCUAUUUACUUCGCCGCGACCUCCGGGCCAUCGACAAUCCCAUCCUCCACCACCUGGCCACUUCUGACCACGGCUUCACUCACCUCCUUCCCAUCUACAUCCUCCCCCCUCAUCAGAUCGAAACAUCGGGCUUUGUCGUUGAAGGCCAAAAGUCCCCCUACCCACUAGCCAAGAGUCAGGUCGGUCGUUUCUGGCGAUGUGGCCCCCUUCGAGCCAAGUUCCAGGCAGAGUGUAUCUGGGAUGUCAAGAAGAACUUUGAGGACAUUGGCAGUGGCAUGCUGAUUCGAAUCGGCAAGUUUGAUGAUGUCUUGAAGCACUUGAUCAAGUCGUUGAAUGAAGACCAUCAAUCUAUCGACACUGUCUGGAUGACUGAGGAGCCUUCGAAAGAAGAGCUGGAUGACCAGAACGCUGUUGCUUCUGUGUGCUCUAAAGAGGGCAUUGGCUUCAAACUCUGGCAUGAUGAAAAGUAUUUCAUUGAUGAUCGUGACAACGGACUAAAAGAUCCACAAGAUACCCCUGAUGUGUUUACGACUUAUAGAAAGACACAAGAGCCCCUGCGAGAGCGUCCUCGCCCACCUCUACCCCGUCCGCAGGCCGGAUCGUUGCCUUCCUUUCCUUCAUGGAUCCCACCACAACAAGCCCCUUUUCGAAUUCCCAACAAUUAUGACGAGUUCGAACGACUCUUGCUAGAACCAGUCAAAGCUCCCAUCAUCUCUGACCCUCCACCGUUCCCUGAAGGGGCCAAAUCUGCUCAUCCAUUCAAGGGUGGCGAGACUCCUGCCUGGGACCGUCUCUACCAUCUCAUCAAAUCAGGAGCAAUGACGACUUACCAAGAGACCAGGAACGGUCUACUGGGGACGGAAUAUAGCACGAAACUGAGUGCUUUUCUGGCCAUGGGCACAAUCACUGCUCGGUCAAUCCAUGCAGAACUCGUCAAGUUCGAAGAUGGCUCAGAAGAGAGCUACUCCACAGGUUUUGGUUUCGGCAAAGGGGAGAACGAAGGUUCGAGAGCCGUCCGAUUCGAGCUGUUAUGGCGCGACUACAUGAGAUUGUGCACCAAGAAGUUCGGAGCUCGGCUUUUUAAGGUUGACGGGUUUAAGGGAGCUAGUGGGGCUAGUGGGGCGAACGGAAACUACUCCAAAAAGUGGCUUUCGUGGGACGAUCCAGGAGUCAAAGACAUGAUCGACCGCUGGAUACGAGGAACUACUGGCAUGGGGCUAGUCGAUGCUUCACAGAGAGAGAUUCUCCGCUCAGGGUACACAUCGAACCGAGCACGUCAGAACGUUGCGUCGUACUUCGCAAAGUCUUUGGGAAUAGACUGGAGAAUAGCGGCUUCAUUCUAUGAGUAUGCGCUUGUGGAUUACGACGUGAAUAGCAACUGGGGAAACUAUGCCUACGUCGCUGGGGUCGGUAACGAUCCUCGAGGUCAGUCGAGAUCUUUCAAUCAGGUAAAACAAGCAUUCGAUUAUGAUAUUGGAGGCGAGUAUUGCAAAACCUGGCUCCCGGAGACGAGAAACAUCGACGCUUUGGAGAACGUGUUCCAGAUUUGCACCUGCAGCAAAGAAGUGCUGGAAAAGAACUGUCUAACGGACAAUAUCAUGGUUACAGACCCCCUGAAAAGGAUCGAGUUCUCAGUCACGAAGCCAAGAGGAAACCGAAGGCCAUACCGCUGGCGAAAGCAGGGAGACCGUGGCCGAGGAGGAAGAGGAGGAAGAGGUGGAGGCACAGGGAAUUCUUCUGGAAAUGGUGGCAAUCGUCACAACGAGCCUUCGCCUCCCAAUGGUGGCAAUCGUCACAACGAUUUCUCGCCUGCUAAUGGUGGCUCAUACAUGCAGAGUCCAACGAACUGGAGCUCAGGAGGCAACCAACAAAUGGCCUGGCGAGGCAACAGUCAUGGAUUACCUUCGGGAAGAGGUUAUAUGGCGCGUGGUGGUCCAGAUAUGUACAGUUCUCGUCAGUUCAUAACUGACAGUCAGAGCUACCCACAACAUUACUACGCCCGACAACACCCACACCAGCAUCAUCAACAUCAACAGCAACAGCAACAGCAACAGCAACAAUUCUAUCACCAAAUACCUCCACAUAUCUAG